GUCCUCUUCGCCCUGGAAAGGACUUUUUGGUCGGUACGGUUGUCUGGUCUCUGUUCGCCCAGUUCUAUCCUCUGAGUCUGCAAGCCCGACUCUUCGGAAGUCCCCGUCGGCACGUGACCCGCCAUCGUCUAAGUUACUUAGGGCGCAGCCACUAGCGAUUCCCCUCAAUCACUUCACCGACAAGUCUAGCGACCAUGGAUAUGUCCAUGUCCAUGUCAAUGUCCUCCACCGCCUCAGCCUCCAUGGCGUCGUCCACCUCCGGUUCGAUGAAUAUGGACGACAUGAUGAUGAUGGUCCCUUACCUUCACUUCACUGGGGGUGACAACCUCUUCUUCAAGACAUUGACCCCUUCGUCGCACGGCGCAAUCGCUGGGGCUUGUAUCAUCCUUGUAGCAUUUGCCGUUGUCGAACGGUGGUUUGCUUCUGUGCGCAGCCGUCUGACUGUGCACUGGCGGAAGAGAGCUCUCGCUCUCGCGGCAAACAGGGAGAACGGCGGGAGGUCCGCUACGUCAACGCCUACGAAGGACGAGGAUGCUUGCUGCGACGUCGAGGAAGUCAGCGCCAACGGCUCAUCGGACAAGUACACUGGGCCUACGUCUGCCAUUCGCCGUGCCUGUCGCACCAUCGAGCCCUUCAUCCUAUCGCACGAUCUCCCCCGCGGCGCUCUCUACGCCCUUCAGGCGUUCCUGGCCUACACACUCAUGCUAGCCGUCAUGACGUUUCAGGCGGCCUACAUCAUUUCAAUCAUCGUCGGCCUGGGUCUAGGCGAAGUGGUUUUUGGCAGAUUGGGGACGGGCGACAGCCACCUGCUUCACUGAGUGGGACCGGCGAUAUUUCCGAACAACGUUCCUGAACACGAGAUCCCGCACUCUACUCCCUCCCGAGUCCACCUUCUCCUCACAUGCUCCCAC